CGGAAAUCCGAAACCGGCAAGACUGGCUGGGUUAUUUUUGUUUAUAAAUAGUUGGCAUCACUUUCACGAAUGUCACAAAGUUGCGAAUUGAAAACGUGAAAAGUUUGACGAGAUUUGACAAUUUUAAUAAAAUUGCCAACAUGAAGACUGCUGCUGAAGUUCGUCAAUGCUACCUUGACUUUUUUAAGGAAAAAGGUCACAUAUAUGUCCACUCAUCUAGCACCAUUCCUCUGGAUGAUCCCACAUUACUUUUUGCGAAUGCCGGAAUGAACCAGUUCAAACCUAUAUUUUUGGGAACUGCAGACCCCAAUAGCGACAUGUCUAAGUGGAAACGUGUGGCCAAUACACAGAAAUGUAUUCGAGCUGGUGGAAAACAUAACGAUUUGGAUGAUGUUGGUAAAGAUGUAUACCAUCACACUUUUUUUGAAAUGUUAGGAAACUGGUCCUUUGGGGAUUAUUUCAAGAAGGAAAUUUGUACCUGGGCUUGGGAGUUUUUAACCGAACGGUUAGGACUUCCCAAAGAUCGUCUAUAUGUUACUUAUUUCGGCGGUGACCAAGUUAGUGGAUUAGAGCCUGAUUUGGAAUGUAAGCAGUUAUGGUUAGAUCUAGGCCUUAAGCCAGAAAAUGUCCUUCCAGGAAGUAUGAAAGAUAAUUUUUGGGAAAUGGGAGAGACUGGACCUUGUGGUCCAUGUUCUGAGUUACAUUUCGAUCGCAUUGGAGGGAGAAGUGUUCCUGAACUGGUAAAUAUGGAUGAUCCGGACGUUCUUGAAAUUUGGAACUUAGUUUUUAUACAAUUUAAUCGUGAGCAAGAUGGAAGUUUAAAACCUUUACCUAAGAAACACAUUGACUGUGGCAUGGGAUUUGAGCGACUAGUUUCGGUUAUACAAGAUAAACGUUCAAACUAUGACACUGACAUUUUUAUGCCGUUAUUUGAAGCAAUAGAAGCUGGUACAGGCUGUCCUCCAUAUAAAGGUAAAAUAGGUGAGCAGGAUAUUGGUGGAAUCGACAUGGCCUAUCGUGUUUUGGCUGAUCAUGCUAGAACAUUAACCAUUGCGUUAGCUGAUGGUGGAACUCCUGAUAACACUGGACGUGGUUAUGUGCUGCGUCGUAUAUUAAGACGCGCCGUCAGGUACGCCACGGAGAAACUUAAUGCUAAGCCUGGAUUUUUCGCAACUCUCGUACAUAUUGUAGUGAAGCUUUUGGGCGAUGCUUUUCCUGAAGUAACAAAAGAUCCUCAGCAUAUAAUCGAUAUCAUAAAUGAAGAAGAACAACAGUUUUUAAAGACUUUGACUAGAGGACGCAACUUGCUGAAUCGCACUAUUGCUAAAUUAGGAGAUAACAAUAUUAUUCCUGGAGAUGUGACAUGGCGUUUGUAUGAUACGUAUGGAUUCCCAGUCGAUUUAACUCAGCUAAUGGCUGAAGAAAAAGGUCUACAGAUCGACAUGGAUGGAUACGAAAAGGCGAAACAAUGUUCAUAUAUUCUUUCUCAAGGAAAGUGUGCAAACAAAAUAGAUGAGAUUAACCUUGACGUACAUGCGAUUUCUGACCUCAAGGAAAAACAAAUUCCGGCCACAGACGAUACGGUCAAAUACAAAUACGAAAGUGUUUCCAACGAUAGGGAAUCUGAAUACUUAUUUGAGCCGUGUACAGGCAAAAUUGUUGCCAUACGAUAUGAAAAUGAAUUUGUUGAUUGUAUUGCCUCAGGUCAAAAAGCAGGUCUGGUUUUAGAUAGAACUAAUUUUUAUGCGGAAAGUGGUGGUCAAAUUUUUGAUCAAGGCGUUCUUGUUAAAGUCGAUGAUGAGGCUAAUGAAUUUCUUAUAGAUCGUGUUUACAAUAGAGGUGGAUAUAUUCUACAUAUAGGUAUUGUCGAGGGUAAUCUAUCUGUUGGAGAUGAAGUAAAUCUACAGAUUGAUACUGUACGUCGCUCGUUAACUAUGAAGAACCAUUCGGCAACUCAUGCACUUAAUCACUGCUUAUUACAAGUCUUAGGAAAAGAUACUGAUCAGAAAGGAUCUCUUGUAGUUCCCGAAAAGCUUCGUUUCGAUUUUAAUUGCAAAUCUGCAAUGACUAUAGAGCAAAUAGCUAAAACUGAACAACUCGUAAAGGAUAUUGUAUACAAAAACGUUCCUAUAUAUGCAAAGGAAUCUAAACUCUCAGUUGCUAAAAGCAUUCGAGGACUUCGUUCAGUUUUUGAUGAAGUUUAUCCAGAUCCUGUACGAGUAAUAUCAUUUGGUGUACCCGUUGAAAAGUUAGAACAAAACCCUGAUUCUGAAGCCGGAGAAAAAACAUCUGUUGAAUUUUGCGGUGGCACCCAUCUCAGGCGUUCGGGUCACAUAGUCGACAUUGUUAUAUGUAGUGAAGAAGGUAUAGCCAAAGGAAUACGUCGCAUCGUGGCUCUAACUGGACCCGAGGCUUUAAAAGCUAUAAAGAAAGAAGAAUUGUUUGAAAAGGAAAUACUAAAACUUAGCGAAGCAAUAACGAAUGAUUCUAAAAAUUCUAAGAGCUAUAUCAAGCAAAUUGUUGACUUAAGUGAAGAGAUUGCUCAUGCCAAUAUUUCACAUGUAAAAAAAGACGAAAUGAGAAAUUGCCUUAAAAAUUUGAAAAAAAAAUUGGAUGAUAAGGAACGAGCUUUAAAAAAUGCUGUAUCUAUAACAGUGGUAGAAAAGGCAAAAGAACUAUGCACUGCCAAUCCAAAUAAACCUAUUAUUGUAGAACAACUUGAAGCAUAUAAUAAUACCAAGGCACUAGACGCCGCUCUUAAGCAAGUUCGUUCUUUAAAUCCUGACACUUCGACAAUGUUUGUUUCAGUCGACGCAGACUCAAAAAAAAUUUUCUGUUUAACUUCUGUCCCAAAAAGUGCUAUUGCAAAAGGUUUAAAAGCUAAUGAGUGGGUUCAACAUAUCUCGGUUCUUAUUAAUGGCAAAGGUGGUGGUAAACCAGAAUCAGCUCAAGCAUCUGGCCCCAACUACGAAAAUGUUAACGAAGUACUCAAAAUGGCCAAUGAAUUUGCCAAUUUGAAGUUAAAUAAUUAAGCAAAAUUAAAAAGACUCACAUUUUCUAUUUAAUUAUACGUACAUAUAAUUGUAUGUGUAUAACUCAUUUAGCAUUUGGUUUUGUUUUUGUAUUUAUUGAUAUACUACGUUAAUGUAUUGCUAUUUUUUUACUUAGUUAUAUACACACAUACAUUGUUUUGCAUUUAUUUCUUGAUCUGAUAAUAAAGAAGCUAAGUAAAA